ACUGGCUCAUAAAAAACCGAGUCAUCGACUCGCCGUUCCGUUUCACAAGGAUCAUAAUUUGAACGCAACCGCCUCUACGAACGUCAACAAAGAGGCCUUCUCCAGGAUAAAAAUCACAAGAACUAACUUCCAGAAACCAACAAGUAUGGCCUCUUCUUUCCAUGAAAGAUCUAAAUCGAAGAACAAAACCGAAGAUCUCAGUUCUUCUUCAUCAACAACCCUACAGCCACUGGAUCGAUCUCAGUCCCACAUUCCAGAACCAAAUGAACUUGUUUGGAAAAAUUGUUUUGGCUAUCAAAUCCCAAUCCUGAACUGCUUCGGUCUCUUCUCCAGCGCUCUCUCUUCCAGUUCACCAACAAGAGUUUAUCAAAUCUGGCCAGGAAGAAAUGUGUUCUUCUUUAGAGGGAGAGUAAUCUGUGGCCCUGAUCCCCGCGGCCUUCUUCUAACUUCAGUUUCAGUAUUUCUUUCGGAAUGGAUAUUCUGCAGCUAUGUUUGCAGAACUCUGCUUAAUCACUUUGUCCUUAUAAUCACUUUAUCACUGCUGUUAACAACAGUUGUUAUUGUUAGUCUAAUCUUGGCAAGCACAAGGGAUCCAGGAAUUAUUCCGAGGUGUGAGAGUUUUCCUUCGGAAGAUAUUGCUUCUGGUAGCAGAGUAAGAAGCAGAAGGAUCACCAUUGAUGGCAUUGAGAUGAAGAUUAAGUACUGCAGGAUCUGUAAGAUAUUUCGCCCACCUAGAAGCUGCCAUUGCCCUGUUUGUGACAAUUGUGUGGAGAAAUUUGAUCACCAUUGUCCAUGGCUAAGCCAGUGUGUUGGGUUGCGAAAUUAUCGGUAUUAUAUGAUGUUUAUAUUUUCGUCUUUGGUGUUCUUCAUUUAUAUGCUGUCUUUCUCCUGGUGGAAGAUUGGGAAGGAGAUGUCUGAAAAUGAAUGGGGAGCUUUUAGGGCAGCAGCGGAGUUACCUGAAACAUUUGCUCUCUCUGUGUUUAGUUUUACUGCCAUUGGUUUUCUUGGAGGCCUUGCAAUUUUUCAUGUUUAUCUUAUAGUAUUGAAUCAGACAGCUCGGGAGAAUUUUAAGCAAAGAUAUUCAAAUUCUAGAAAUCCUUAUGAUAAGGGAAUGAUAAAUAACAUAAAAGAAGCUCUAUUCUCCAGAUUGCCUCCUCCAAAAAUCAAUUUCAGAGCAGCUGUUGAAGAAGCACAAGAUGGUUCAAUUAGAAGCACAAAAUCUCAUACUAAUAGCAUGAGAAUGGAUGGUGAAGGCACUUCUACCAUGCAAAUCAAUAUGAACCAAGAAGAAAUUUAAAGAAAUCAACCAAGAUGAACAACUUGUACCUCUCUCUCU